AUGGACUGUGAAGUUGUUGAAAGUUCGUUAGUUAAAUUAAGCAUAUCCAACAAAAAUGCAUUCGCGAAAAUACUUUGGAAAUACCCGGCAGAUUACUUGUUUUCUAUACAAAUUUUAAUGGAAAAUCAGAGUUGGUCUGGACAAUUUUCAUACGACAAUGCAAAAGUAUUCCAGGAACGACUUCGUAAAAGCAAGGUUGAGUAUUUUUCAGAAGUCCAAGAUGCUCUGAAACAAACCAAUGAAAUAUACACUUGUCUGUUAACGAUAGAAGAUUCGAAAACAGCAAAAUUCUGCUGGAAAAAAUCUAUUUCAGAGUCUAGUGCUGUGAUUUUACAAGGUUCUGUAAAUUUAGAAAGAGACACAAAUGAAUUGACAAAAGAUGAAAUAAUAGAUUAUUUGCUAGACCAGAAUAAAAAUCUACAAAGUAUAAUUGAUGAAUACAAACAAACAAAUGAUAUCUUAAAUAGUGAUUUGGACAAGAGUACAGCUGAGUUUAAAAAGUUGGUGGAUAUCAAAGAUUCUUUAGAAAGUAAUCUUUAUGGCAAAUUUAUUCAACUAUUAAAUAGUAAAAAGAGAAGAAUACAAUUAUUAGAGGGUAAUAUCGAAAAUUCCAAUGCAUUGUAA